AUGGCGGAAUCAGGAAACCUUUUCCUGUUCCGCUCCAGGUCAUCACAGAUACCGGAAAGCUGUGCCAUGGUGCUUUACAAGGGUGGCACUCUCUUACUUUUGACUAGCUUCCCGCUGCCUCUCCUCCAGGGAUAUAGGUGCCUUGAUGACGAUAUGCGGUUUGUCUUCUUGUUGUUGGUGUCUAUACUGACAAGUGCUUCGCAACAACCAAAGCAGGACAAUCAAGACGAAAGGAAAGGCGAUUUAAACCUACAGACCGUAGCCUUCGUAACCUCCGCCCGCGAGAAGAGAGAACUGGGAGAGCAACAGCAGGUCAGGCGAGGUCAGAAUCAAAAUCUUGCUGAAAAUAACGUCAAUCCAAGGUCGAAGACCAAGAAGGUCGACGAUACCGACAACAAGCGCAGAGGAGGCAGUAAAAAUUGCCAGACGAACGAAGAGGAAACCACUAAAGGUAAAGGAAAGAGAAACAAGACUAACGAUGCUAAAGACAAACGCAAUGAUAGUAAAGGCAAUAAGAAUGUCGUUCAGCAGGUGUGUAGCGGCACGCUUACCUUGGACCACAAUCAGGUUGCUCUCAUAUACAGCAAGAAUGACGGAGAAAACGAGAAAUGCAAGCAGAAAGUGGAGGCACCUACUGGCACAAUGAUCGGAUUUUCCUGCUUGACCUUCGACCCCAACACUAAGAAAUGUAAUAAGGAAUUCUUGGAGCUGAAGACAAAGGUUAAUGGCGUUAAAGAUAAGGUUAAGUACUGCACGACGAAGAAGCCAGAGAAUAUCAUCAUUUCCUCCAACAACAUGACCAUAAAAUACAAACGCCGUCAAAUCAUGAACAAGCAGUGUUCUGGAGGAUUUUUGUGUGAAAUUUAUAUUGUGGAAGGUAGCGGAGGCACCAAAAAUCGCCUGAAGGAAGGAAGCCAAAUUCAGAGGGGAGAAAAGGACAGAAGGAAAGUCGACGAUACCAACAACAAGCGCAGAGGAGGCAGUAAAAAAGGCCAGACGGAUGAAGAGGAAAUCAUUAAAGUCGUUCAGCAGGUGUGUAGCGGCACGCUAACCUUGGACUACAAUCAGGUUGCUCUCAUAUACAGCAAAAACAACGGAGAAAACGAGAAAUGCAAGCAGAAAGUGGAGACACCUACUGGCACAGUGAUCGGAUUUACCUGCUUGACUUUCAACCCCAACACUAAGAAAUGUAAUAAGGAAUUUUUGGAGCUGAAGACAAAGGUUAAUGGCGUUAAAGAUAAGGUUAAGUACUGCACGACAAAGAAGCCAGAGAAUAUCAUAAUUUCCUCCAACAACAUGACCAUAAAAUACAAACGCCGUCAAAUUAAGAAGAAGCAGUGUUCAGGAGGAUUUUUACACCCUAUCGUCGACUCCAUUUACUUUACCGGUAAUAACAACUGCUUCUUCAAUGACAACGGAUGCUCCACCAGUAAUAACAGCUGCUCCACCAGUGGCAGCAAGUGUUUCUCCGAUAAUCCAAACUGUCCCAUCGUUAACAGCAAUGUCUGUCCCACUAGUGACAACAGCUGCUGCACCAGUAGUGACGGCUACUCCUGUACCAACAGCUACUCCGCCAGCUGUCACGGCUGCUCCUGUAGCAACAGCUACUCCGCCAGCGGUCACGGCUGCUCCUGUACCAACAGCUACUCCGCCAGCAGUCACGGCUGCUCCUGCAACAACAGCUACUUCGCCAGCAGUCACGACUGCUCCUCAGUCACGGCUGCUCCUGCAGCAACAACUACUCUGCCAGCAGUCACGGUUGUUCCUGCAACAACAGCUACUCCGCCAGCAGUCACGGUUGCUCCUGCAACAACAGCAGGUUUACCGAUAACAACUGUUACUCCAGAAAUAACAACAUCAGUGAUAACUAAUGAUUCAUCAGCAACAACAGCGUCAACAAGUGCUUCACUGGUAACAAUUGCUUCAACACUAACAACAGCACCUGUCACACCAGUGACAACUACUACAGUAACAACAAAUUGCAGCCUCUCCAGACUCUACUGCGACGGGUGUGGAAUAGCACCCAUUAGUAUUGCCAGCACGAGAAUUGUCAAUGGUACUGCAGCAUCAAUGGGGGAAUACCCGUAUCAAGUAGCAGUGCUGAGCACUAUACAGAAUUCACAGUAUCGGUGUGGUGGUGCAAUUAUAAAGGAGAGAUGGAUUCUCACAGCUGCACAUUGUUUUUACGAUCUUUCUGGCAAUAAGGCUACAGAUGUCGAAGUACGUUACGGUUCGAUAGAUAUCAACGGCGGUACUUCCGUGACUGCAUCGAGAUUCAUCGAUCACCCUCAGUAUAACAGAGCCACACUGGCCAACGACAUUGGUGUAGUGGAGCUUCCUCAUCCCCUGAAUUACCAAGGAGACGCCAACAUUCAGCCGAUCUGUUUGGGUCAGGAAGAAGAUAUUCCUUUCGGAGGGAAAGCAAUAGCGACGGGAUGGGGUUCAAUCUUCUUUGAGGGCCCUCUAUCGAAUACUCUGCUAGAAGUCGAGUUGGACGUCAUCACAAUAGCCGACUGUCAGACGAAGGUUGUGACCUUGCCACCUAACCCCGAAAAUGUCCUUUGUGCUCUUACCUUGUUUAAGGACACCUGCCAGGGUGACAGCGGUGGUCCUCUUGUCGCCCAGCUUUGUAAUGGCAGAUGGGCCGUGGUGGGUAUUGUUAGCUUUGGGAACGAGUGUGCUUUGCCCGAGAACCCUGGGGUCUACACCAGAGUGAGCGCUUACGCUGAUUGGAUCUCUAAUACCACUGGUGGAAUUGCUUGCAACUCUACAAUUAAUCUUGUAAGUCUGGCGAACACACUGAAUAUGCAAAGAACAACUACAAAUGAGUUAGACAACGAAGUUGUAUUGGGCAAGCAGAAAACUGAAUCUCUCCGAAAUAUACUGAAUGUUGAUAAUGGUGGGCGCCGAAGACGCAGGAAUCUUGAUCUCCUUCAGGAACAAAGAAAUGCAUUUGCAAGAGCAGCUCAAGCCAUCAGUAACAGAAACGUUCCCUUGAUGGUCUCACUGAAAACCGACCUAGUACAGCUCAGAGGACGGCUUUCAGCAUUCAUCGAACAGGUUGCAACGAACACAACUGGACUCGAUGUACCAGCACUUGUAGCCAUGGCAGAAGAGGCGAUAACUAUGGCAAACAAUGUAAGUGCCGUAGGUAAGUUGGAAAUUGCUGAUAUUGAGAGAGAAUAUCAGAAUAUUACCCUUCAAGUGGAGAACAAUGGUAGCAGCAUUCCAACCCUGCAACCACUAGAACCUAAACCAACGACCACUGUCUCGGUAUCACCAGCAACGACUACUACACCAUGCAACAUCAGGAGACCCUAUUGUGAUGAUUGUGGGAUUGCAUCAGUUAAUGUCAGCAAUAUGAGGAUUGUCAAUGGCACCAAAGCAUCUGUGGGGGAAUACCCAUAUCAAGUGACAUUAAUAAGCACUAUACUGGGUAAAUCAUAUCUGUGUAGUGGCACCAUCAUCAAGGACAGUUGUAUUCUCACAGCUGCUCAUUGCCUUUACGAUAAAAAUAAGAACCGGGCUACAAGAGUGGAAGUGCGUUAUGGGUCGAUAUUCUUGCAAAACCAAACUUCCAUGAUAGCAUCGAGAUACAUCGAACACCCUGAAUAUACGAGAACCACACUGGCCAACGAUAUUGCUGUGGUGGAGCUUCCUGAGUCGCUUGUUUUCAGUAACACUGUUCGGCCCAUUUGUCUGGGACUGGAGGAAGACAAUCCCUUUGGAGGAAAGGCUGUGGCCACUGGAUGGGGUGAUAUUAUUUUCAAUGGUUCUGGAUCGAAUACCCUGCUGGAAGUUGUAUUGGACGUUAUUACAAUGAACGACUGUGAAAAGAAUACGUCAUUACCGCCAGACAGUACUAAGGUCUUGUGUACUCGUACACCGUAUAAGGCCCCCUGCCAUGGUGACAGUGGUGGUCCCCUUGUUGUACAGCUGUGUAACGGUCGGUUUGCUCAAGUCGGUAUAAUCAGCUAUAGUGCCUCGGACUGUGCUAUGCUCGACAAACCAACAGUGUAUACAAGGGUGUCCGCUUACUUAGACUGGAUCUCCAGCGUCACAGGUGGCAUAACCUGCACUUGUAAAAUCACUGUAACACCGACUACAUCAGUCACUUCAAGAAUGACUACAACAGUAAGCUAUUCAACAGUGACUACAACAUCCAUCAAUUCAACAGAGACUACAACAUCCAUCAAUUCAACAGAGACUACAACACCAGUCAAUUCAACUAAGACUACAACACCAAUCAAUUCAACUGAGACAACAACACCAAUCAAUUCAACUAAGACUACAACACCAGUCAAUUCAACUAAGACUACAACACCAGUCAAUUCAACUGAGACUACAACACCAGUCAAUUCAACUGAGACAACAACACCAAUCAAUUCAACUAAGACUACAACACCAGUCAAUUCAACUGAGACAACAACACCAAUCAAUUCAACUAAGACUACAACACCAGUCAAUUCAACUAAGACUACAACACUAGUCAAUUCAACUGAGACAACAACGCCAAUCAAUUCAACUGAGACAACAACACCAAUCAAUUCAACUAAGACUACAACACCAGUCAAUUCAACUGAGACUACAACACCAGUCAAUUCAACUGAGACUACAACACCAGUCAAUUCAACUAAGACUACAACACCAGUCAAUUCAACAGAGACUACAACACCAGUCAAUUCAACUAAGACUACAACACCAGUCAAUUCAACAGAGACUACAACACCAGUCAAUUCAACUGAGACUACAACACCAGUCAAUUCAACAGAGACUACAACACCAAUCAGCCCAAUAGAAAAUACAACACCAAUCAGCCCAAUAGAAAAUACAACACCAAUCAGCCUAAUAGAAAAUACAACACUAAUCAAUUCAACAGAGACUACAACACCAAACAGUUCAGGAGACACUACAACACCACCUAUCAAUCCAACAGACACUACAACACCAAUCAAUUCAGCAGAGACUACAACACCCAUCAAUUCAGCAGCGACUACAACACCACCUAUCACAGAGACUACAACACCAAACAGUUCGGGCGAGACUACAACACCACCUAUCAAUCCAACAGACACUACAACACCAAUCAAUUCAGCAGAGACUACAACACCCAUCAAUUCAGCAGCGACUACAACACCACCUAUCAGUCCAACAGACACUACAACACCAAUCAAUUCAGCAGAGACUACAACACCAAACAGUUCGGGCGAGACUACAACACCACCUAUCAAUCCAACAGACACUACAACACCAAUCAAUUCAGCAGAGACUACAACACCACCUAUCAAUCCAACAGACACUACAACACCAAUCAAUUCAGCAGAGACUACAACACCAAUCAAUUCAGCAGAGACUACAACACCAGUCAAUUCAACUGAGACUACAACACCAAUCAAUUCAGCAGAGACUACAACACCAGUCAAUUCAACUGAGACUACAACACCAAUCAAUUCAGCAGAGACUACAACACCAAUCAGCCCAAUAGAAAAUACAACACCAAUCAGCCCAAUAGAAAAUACAACACUAAUCAAUUCAACAGAGACUACAACACCAAUCAGCCCAAUAGAAAAUACAACACUAAUCAAUUCAACAGAGACUACAACACCACCUAUCAAUCCAACAGACACUACAACACCAAUCAGCCUAAUAGAAAAUACAACACUAAUCAAUUCAACAGAGACUACAACACCAAUCAAUUCAGCAGAGACUACAACACCAAACAGUUCGGGCGAGACUACAACACCAGUCAAUUCAACUGAGACUACAACACCACCUAUCAGUCCAACAGACACUACAACACCAAUCAGCCUAAUAGAAAAUACAACACUAAUCAAUUCAACAGAGACUACAACACCAAUCAGCCCAAUAGAAAAUACAACACUAAUCAAUUCAACAGAGACUACAACACCACCUAUCAAUCCAACAGACACUACAACACCAAUCAAUUCAGCAGAGACUACAACACCACCUAUCAAUCCAACAGACACUACAACACCAAUCAGCCCAAUAGAAAAUACAACACCAAUCAGCCCAAUAGAAAAUACAACACUAAUCAAUUCAACUAAGACUACAACACCAGUCAAUUCAACAGAGACUACAACACCAGUCAAUUCAACUGAGACUACAACACCAGUCAAUUCAACUGAGACUACAACACCAGUCAAUUCAACUGAGACUACAACACCAAUCAGCCCAAUAGAAAAUACAACACUAAUCAAUUCAACAGAGACUACAACACCAAUCAAUUCAGCAGAGACUACAACACCAGUCAAUUCAACUGAGACUACAACACCAGUCAAUUCAACUGAGACUACAACACCAGUCAAUUCAACUGAGACUACAACACCAAACAGUUCGGGCGAGACUACAACACCAGUCAAUUCAACUGAGACUACAACACCAAUCAAUUCAGCAGAGACUACAACACCAGUCAAUUCAACUGAGACUACAACACCAGUCAAUUCAACUGAGACUACAACACCAAUCAGCCCAAUAGAAAAUACAACACUAAUCAAUUCAACAGAGACUACAACACCACCUAUCAGUCCAACAGACACUACAACACCAAUCAGCCUAAUAGAAAAUACAACACUAAUCAAUUCAACAGAGACUACAACACCAGUCAAUUCAACUGAGACUACAACACCAAUCAGCCCAAUAGAAAAUACAACACCAAUCAGCCCAAUAGAAAAUACAACACUAAUCAAUUCAACAGAGACUACAACACCAGUCAAUUCAACUGAGACUACAACACCAGUCAAUUCAACUGAGACUACAACACCAGUCAAUUCAACUGAGACUACAACACCAAUCAGCCCAAUAGAAAAUACAACACUAAUCAAUUCAACAGAGACUACAACACCAGUCAAUUCAACUGAGACUACAACACCACCUAUCAAUCCAACAGACACUACAACACCAAUCAGCCCAAUAGAAAAUACAACACUAAUCAAUUCAACAGAGACUACAACACCAGUCAAUUCAACUGAGACUACAACACCAAUCAGCCCAAUAGAAAAUACAACACUAAUCAAUUCAACAGAGACUACAACACCAGUCAAUUCAACUGAGACUACAACACCAAACAGUUCGGGCGAGACUACAACACCAAACAGUUCGGGCGAGACUACAACACCAAACAGUUCGGGCGAGACUACAACACCAAACAGUUCGGGCGAGACUACAACACCAAACAGUUCGGGCGAGACUACAACACCAAACAGUUCGGGCGAGACUACAACACCAAACAGUUCGGGCGAGACUACAACACCAAUCAAUUCAGCAGAGACUACAACACCAGUCAAUUCAACUGAGACUACAACACCAGUCAAUUCAACAGAGACUACAACACCAAUCAGCCCAAUAGAAAAUACAACACUAAUCAAUUCACAGGCAGUGUUACCCUACAUAAGUGAUAGUUUACCCCACAUAAAACUGUAUACAAACAGUUUGUCACGAACACAAACAAAAGAUUAUUUCAAGUCUUCCUCCUGGUGCCCCGAAAAGCUUGUAAGUUUGUCCCGAGUUUACCUCAAAAGAGCGGGGCCAGUACAACACAACUCCAUUUGGCGGGGUGGUCUCAAUAGCUUGGAUCAAAACGUCAAGUCUGGGCCCGGAGGCAUUCAGUUGAUCACUUAUCCAUGUACGGUCAGAGGCUAUGUGGGCUGUCUCAAACCACUGGAAAGGACACUCCAGCGACAUUGCACGGCGUCGACACAACACGGAGAGUGGCAGUUAUCAGUUAUGAGCUACAGUGCUCAAUUGGCGUAA